AUGGCUCGUAAAUUCCUGUUCGGCUUCCUUGCUCUAGCCGCGAGCUCCAUCUCUGUCCAUGCCAAAACCGAUCUCGACGGCUGCGUAUCCACGGCGACCGUCAACAGUUAUAGCCAGGCCAUCAAUCUGUGGUACGUCCCCGAGACCGGCGAAAUCUGCGAGCCGCUCGAUUGUGGUGGCGGGCGCGCUCCAGUCAAGUACACCGUGCCGGGCUGCCACGCCUAUCGCGGCACGGAUACGUACUCUCCAAAAUACCUGGCCUUGUCCACAGACGCCCCGAGCGAGACUGGCACUGCGGACACAGCUUCAGCGACGACGGAGGCGACUAUCACUCAGUCUUCGCCCGCGCAAACCGGAAUGACCACUGUGGUCUCUCGUCAAAGCAGCUCGCCGGCUGUAACUAGCGCGGCUGACACUGCCAGCGCAUCGCAAACCGGUUCCGCCACCGAGACCGGCGCUCCUGCAACCCAGACAACGAAUGCGGCUGCAGGUUUGGUUGUUGGCGGCAGGAUGAUGGCUGAUAAAGCACCAUCCUCUGUCCGUGAUCAGGUUGCGGAUCAUGAAUCAAACGCGGUUAAGUAUUAUCUGGACCGGGAAGUUCAAUUUCCCUUGCAAGCUGCUGCCUUGGAGUUUGUUUCUGACGAGGUAGUUGACAAGGCCGCUCGUGGUUUGCUUCUUGAUGCCGACCUCACCGCCCCUACAGAGCUUCCGGGUCACCUUCAAGAGGAGCUUGACAAUGAUCCAGAGAUCAUGGACCUUACUGAUAAAAAUUGCAAACUCUGGGAAGCAAUCAAGGCAUUAGGAUUCAGAACUGUGAUUUCUGCAAAGGGCCACACCCCUCUCUAUUGGGAGAAGAAACGGGUGCUUGCUGAUUUGAACUCUCAUAAGGUGUGGCUACGAAACGAGCUGAUGGAGCAAGCGAGGAGUGAGCAUUUUCGGAAUGCCCCCACGAAACGGCUUAACACCCAUCUCAAUGGUACGGACGGGGAUGCCGCCAGCCCCCAAUCUCUACCCCUACCGAGGCUUCUAAUCGAGGAACGACGGCUGAUUGUUGAGCUCAUUCGAUUGAAAACAUCAGAGCUGAGUGAGGAUGAGAUUCUUGAACGGCGUUUUGCGCGCAUGGAUCUCUGGGUCAGAUUACAAGACCGAACAGAGACCAAGCGGCCGGGACUCCAAAGAAAGCGACACCAAUAA